CCCCUCCCCCCUAACAGAAAAGAAUUAAAAAAAGAGAAGAAAAAACAAAAAUUGAAUAAACAGUCAAUAUCUGAAAACCAAAGAAGCAAAACACAGAGUUUCCCCUCCUAUAGUCCUAUAAAACCAUCAUCCCCUGUCUCUCUCAACUCCCUCUUCUCAGUUCUCACCACCUUCUUACUUCUUACUUCUUUCUUCUUUCUCUCCUCUCCUACUUACUACAACUCGUACUACUUACAUCAAAAACAACAACAUUACUAUUAUUAUUUCUUCCAUCCUCAAAAAAAAAUCAAAACAUUACUAUUAUUUCUUCCAUUCUAAAAAAACAACACACCAAAAUGUCGGCUGCAGGAUCAACAAGUAGCUACUCAAAAUGCAACAAAAUCCGCCACAUUGUUCGACUCCGCCAAAUGCUACGCCGCUGGAGAAACAAAGCAGCUCAACGGCGCAUCCCCUCUGACGUCCCAGCCGGUUACGUAGCCGUAACAGUCGGCUCCAACUCACGCCGCUUCGUUGUCCGAGCCACUUUCUUAAACCACCAGGUUUUUAGAAAUCUCUUGGUUCAAGCCGAAGAAGAAUACGGCUACACCAAUCAAGCUGGUCCUCUUUUUAUUCCUUGUGAUGAGAAAGUCUUCGAAGAUAUUCUCCGCUUUUUUAACCGCUCUGAUUCCAACGGUCGCUUCGUUAAUCUUGAGGAUUUCCAACGGUCUUCUUAUUGCCACGUUGGCUUCCGUGGGGCCCUUGCUGAUUCACAUCCCUUGCUAGAGAAAUCGGUUUGGUAAAGAGUUAGCUGAGUUGACUCGGACGCGUUUCAUUGGGGAUCCCGGAUCCCGAGCAAGGAAGAUUAUAAUAUAUGAUAGUACCUAUUUGUCACCAUCAUAUACCCGGGUGUAUCAUAUGCAUUCUCUCGAUAAUGUGAGGGGUGUACUCGGAUGUAUAGGGAAUGAACUCGGAUUUACGUGCAUCUGAUUUAUUUGGGUAAUUAUGUAUUUUUUUUUCCCUUGAAUUAGUUUAGGUUUAUUAAAUUUUUUUAUAUUGGAAAUUAUAAGAUAAUUGGGACUUGGGGUAUACUGGGUGGGUGACUGAGCUGAGUCAAAUGGGUGAGUUGUUCCGAGUCAGAUGCGAGGAGACGGCGAAAAGCGGGGUGUGUGAUGAGUCUACCACCGAGUCGUCCCGGGUUGGAAUCGGAGCGAGUUAGAGUUUGACACAUUGUGAAGCUAGUCAGAGAGAGGAGUUGACCCCAGAAUUGAGAGGGUCACUUUUGUAAAUUUUUCGUGACUUAUAUAUUGAGAUUGAUUAUAAUUGUGGGAAAACAAUUGUAAAGAAAUUUUAAAUGUAUGAUCAAUAAUUCUCCAGCUUCUUUAUUA